GGCCCAUGGGGAGGUGGUGAGUGCAGUGGGUGGGGGUGCGGGGGGGGGGGCACUACAAGGGAGGGGUGGAACUCAGGGCUGUGGGACAGAUCCGUGUCCCUCCCUCCCAGAGCUGGUUCUGUGACCCUUUUAACCCCAUGUUUUCCGCUCCCCCUUGUUAUUUAUUUCCCUGGCCUGGGGGGCUGGAGCUGCCCCGUCUCCCCCAAGCAGAGGUGUUGGGGGGCAGAGAUGGGUCACGCCCCAGGAAACAGCACCGGCCGGUCAGAGUGGAGGAAGGAACAAGUGGUCUCUCCCCCCCCCGACCCCCGGGUACUUUUCAAGUGGGGGAGGGGAUGCGAACAGCCCACAAUGCACCUGCCCUUUUGGACACCUCUCCUCCCCCCCCCCCAGUGGCCUCCCCUCCUAGAUCCCACUGCUAACACCAGCACCGGCUCAAACCACAGCCCAUCUGCGGGGGAGCAGGGCCGCCUGCCCCCCACCUCCACAGGGACCACAAUGGUGCCUGGACCCCCAGCUGUCGUGUCGUCCCCCCCGUCCCCCCGGCAGAAGGUCUAGGAGGGCCCCAGCCCAACCUCCGCUCUGAUGGUCUCCCCCUCCAUUUGCCCCUGCGGGGGAGUUAACUCUUUGUCCCCCCCUUCCCCACAAUUGCGGGGGGGUGUAUCUGGGUACCGAGGGGCAGCUCCCUCCCCCAUGGUAGGGGCCUCAGGUCCCUCAGCCUCCCCAAACCCACCCUGUAGCAGAUCUGGCGGGGGGCAUACGGUACGGAGAGGGGGUCUCUUUCCCUCCCCACCUCGGGAUUCGGGGCCCUUCAGGAGUGGGGGAAGGUUUAUGGGGACCUAGGAAGUUCCUUGCCCCCAUAGCUCAGGCUGUAGCGCAUAGGGGGCUAGGGGUCCUCCACCAAUCAGCAGGUGUCAGCUGAGGGGCUGCCCCCCCAUCCCUCCCUCCACACUGAUCUUCCCGGCCUCUCCAGAGAGGUUCUGCAUUGCACUAGUUUUGGGGGGGAUCCCAGGUGCUUGGGGGGGGGGGGUGAGGCUGGAAGGGAGGCGUGGGGUCUGAUUCCCUCCCCUUGCACAAAGAGACUUUGAAACAACACAAACCCCCCCCCGCAUGGCCCCUGGCUGGGAGGAGACGGGGCCAGACGCCGGGCCAGAUGGGCCUGCGACGCACCUUUCUCCUUUUUAAAAGCACUGAAUUCCCCCCCCCCCGGCCCCCUCCCAAAGUCAGCAGUAGCCAACAGUGAUGUCCUGGUAGCCAUCCCCCCUCCCCCGGCUACCCCUUUAGUGGCAAUAUUUAAAAGCUCUUAAACAGGAACCAAAUCAAGUGGCCUUUUGGGGGUUGGCCCGGGGCCUCCCCGGCCGGCGACCAUCCCCCCCUGUUUCGUGGGUCCCCGGCUCGUCUCUUUUGUUAUUCCAGAUGAAAAUAAAAAACAAUGGUUAAAGCCUGAGCGUGCCGUGGCCUCCUUCCUGGGGGGCGGGGGGGGCAGCACGCCGGGCGGGGCCCAGCCCCAGGGAUUGCACCCAGGAGCCCGGGCUCCCAGCCCCCCUGCGCCCCACUCCUCCCAGCAGCUGCCUCCCUGUUAUCAGCUGGUGCUGGGUGGGGAUGAGGCGGGAGAAAUCGAUUUUAUGUCUCUUCUCCCCCCCCCCCCCCGCCCUGCGCGCUGCCGGUCUUAUCUCUGGCUCUGUUGAACCCACGGGAGAUGAAAGUCCAGGCGGGUGCCUGGAGUUGGGAGCAGCAGCCAGGGUGCGUCCCGGAGCCCCGGCCCCACACCAUGGACAUUCUCGAGACGGACGCCCGCUACCGCCGGAACAUUGCGGCUGAUGCCAAGAGCCGCCGCCUCAAGCUGCUGCCGUUCCUGGCCGCCUGCGGCCUGUACUUCACCCUGUGGCUGCCUGAGCCCAGCUGGGUCAGCGCCGGCGUCAAGAGCCUCCCGGUCCUGAGCCUGGUCUUCUUCCUGACGGCCCAGGCCUGGGGUGACGGCGCCUGGACCCCGGCCGCCCGCCGGGUCUGCUGGGGCCUGAUGUUCUCCAGCCUGGGAGACACCUGCCUGGUCUGGCCUCAACUAUUCCUCCUAGGCAUGGUGGCCUUCGCUCUGGCUCACGUCUGCUACAUCUGGGCCCUGGGCCUGCGUCCCGUCCGCCCCUGGGUCCUGCUGCUGCUGGCGCUGGCCUGGGCGGGGGCCUACGCGACGCUGUGGCCCUGCCUGGGGGGCCCCUACGUGCCGGCCGUGGGGGGCUACGGGGCGCUGCUGGCGGCCGUGGCCUGGCGGGCCCUGGCCCGGGCUCCGUCCCACCUGACCAUGGCCACCAGCUCCCUGCUCUUCAUGGCCUCCGACCUGGUCCUGGCCAGGGACCACUUCUGCGCCCCGGUGCCCCAGGCCCGGCUCAUCGUCAUGGGCACCUACUACGCGGCCCAGGGGCUGAUCGCAGCCUGGGCCCCCCGCGCCAGCCCCCGCUGGAAGGAGAGCUGAGCCGGGCGCCCACGACCUCUGACCCCAGGGGGCAGCCGGCAGGUGCACCUGUGACCUCUGACCCCAUCAGCGUCAACCUGCCAAUGACCCUGUUGACCUCUGACCCCUGGGCCAACGAGAACCAACCACCCUGGGAGCUGGUUCCUUGACCUACGACCCCAUGACCUAGGCGCGCCAACCUGCCCAACCAAUGACCUGGAAGUAAUUGUCUUGACCUUUGACCCUGCUCAUUUGCCAGCAGGCCCAAUUACAGCUUAUUUGAUGACAUGUGUUGUCUGGUGUGGGCGGGGGGGGCUGGGAGAUUGGAGAGACAAGGGGGGGGGGAAGCUUUUAUUGGCCCAACGUGUCCCCAGCUGUUGAUUGGGAUGUUGAGGCCUGUGACCUGCCCUUCCUCUACAGACCCAAAGCCGGACCCCAUCCCCCCAGAGCUGGGGAGAGAACCCAGGCGUCCUGGCUCCCAGCCCUCCCCUGGUCUAACCACCAGACCCCACUCCCCUCCCAG